GAGACUCAUGUCUCAUUCAGAGCAGCUCUGCAGAGCAGCAGAUCAGCGGGACCAUGGCGGGAUCCCCAGACCAGGAGGGCUUCUUCAACCUCCUGAGCCACGUGCAGGGUGACCGGAUGGAGGGACAGCGCUGCUCACUGCAGGCUGAGCCAGGCCAGACCGCCAAGAACGAGAGCGACCCUGCACCCGAGAUGGACAGCUUCAUGGACAUGGUGGCUAACACCCAGGGCCGCCGCAUGGAUGACCAGCGUGUGACAAUCAGCAACCUGCCUGGCUUCCAGCCCGUGGGCUACAAGGACGGAGUUCAGAAACGAUCUGGGACCCUCAGCCCCCAACCCCUGCUCACCCCUCAGGACCCGACUGCUCUGGGCUUCCGUCGGAACAGCAGUCCUCAGCCCCAGACACAAGCCCCCUGAGGGUCUGAGUCAUCCUGGGUCCCACUGGGCCCCCGAAAACAGACAAUAAAACACUU